AUGCGCCCUCCUAGGACGCUCAACGACCUCGUCGCUCCCCCGCCUGUCCUAAGUGCUAUUCCCGAUAAUGUCCUCGGGACCUUUUCCGACUUACCCCAACUCUCGCAGUUCUGGCGUCAUCCGAAUGAUAAGGAUGUGCUGAAGUUUGGUCUCAACGAUUUGUUGAACACGACAGAUUCCCCACCGUCUAAAGUGGUCAAGACAGAGAGUGAACAAACAGCGGCGGAAGCUCGAGCCAUCUCUCAGCUCAACACCGAUGCGAUGAAGGUCGCCUUGCUCCUCGCCUACCGCACGAUGGAAACAGAAAUUGCCACUUCUGAUGACACUGGCGAUGUUACCCAGUCUCCCCAAGUCCCGACGCUAGCACUAAUGGACCAAAUCAAAUCUUCACUCACAAUGCUAGGACAUAGUGACACCGUUGUCGACAUGAUUAUGGACGGGGCACGAAAUCUGCUACGAUACCAGCAGCUGAGGGACGAACGAUACAAAACAGUUGAGAAGCUGAAGAAGGAUCUGGAACGCGUGACAGAGGUAAUUGCGGAGAUCUCAAAAUUCCGCAACUCGCCCAACGUCUGGCAAGUCCCUAGGCUCACGCUGAAAGACUUCAAGGUGGUGGUUGUUGAGGAUGCCUUGGCCGCUCGCGAGCGGGACCAGGCAGAGAAGGCAGCACGGGACCUCAAGGCCAUCGCCGCAGUGGCUCAGGACUGGAAGAAAACCUGCCACACGGGGGCAUUUUACUCGCGGACCGAGCCUGCCAGUGGAAAGGACAACAGUGACCCCGUCGAGUCAACGACGGUAGCAAAAUGCCGGAAGAGAACAAAACAGGUUCCCCUUCCGUCUACAGCAGGUUGCCUAACAGGGAGUGUAGCACACAAACACCGCAAGUCGAGCCCCGCCUAUCAAGUUGAAGAACAUGGCGCAUGA